AGGUAAAGCCGGUUCCGAGCAUGCGCAGUGACGGAGAGCCGGCGGAGAUGGCGGAGAAAGAUGGAGAGAGAAAGAAAAUCACCCGAGGGAGAGGAAAAUCCGGGAGAGUCUGGAGAGAACCGGGAACCAGGUUCUCAGUGAUGCUUCGUGAUAAACCCCUCUGUACCACCUGGGAGAAGAAGAUGGCCACCAAGAGGCAGAAGAAGGCGGUGAAAGAGAUGGACCGGCAGCUUCGAGAGGGCCGGAGGAGAGAGAAGGAGGAAAAGAGACUGAGGCGUGAGGAAAACUUAAGGCGGAGACUGGAGAACGAGAGGAAGUCGGAGGUCGUCCAAGUGAUCAAAAACCCUCUGAAGAUCAAGCGGCUGAAAAAGAAGCAACUGCGCAAGAUCGAGAAGCGGGACACACUGAGGAUCCUGCAGAAGAGCCAGCCCCAGAGGCAACGGGAGAAAGCGAAGGGACCGGACAAGUGAAGAGAGAGAGAGAGAAUGAAACGGGGAGAGUGUCGGUGACAUGGAGACGGGAUGUGCGGGAGUCUGUGUGAGGGGAGGGAGAAUGUCAGGGCAGCAUACAGGCAGCGAGAAAUAUGAACAAGGUGUUUGUACCUAAGUAUCUCGGGUAAUGUUAUCUGAUGUUUAAGCUGAGAUGUGGAACUUUUUGAAAUAACUGGGCCUGUGAUACUGUCUAUGUUUUCACGUCUGUGUAUUCUCGCAAAGACCACUCCGUGUAUGUGUUCCGAUGUUCUGAUGGACUCUCGUACAUCAACACUGAUUAACUUUCUGUGCACAGAGGAAAUAUUAAAAGUUUGUUUUUAUUUUGUGAUAA